AUGAAUUCAAUUCUUGUGAUUUCCGGUGGACAGGAACAGUACGAUAAUGUGGCCUCAUCUAUAGAUUAUACUUCAUCUCCACGUUGGUGUAUUGGCUUUAUUUUAGUACUCACUGCUGCAUAUUUCAUUUUUCGAUCUGUUCUCGGGAAGUAUUUCAAUGAGCAAACGAAAUCACUUCAUAUUCUUUUUUUCAAUGAUGAUAUCACUAUGAAUGGGUCAGCACAAUCAAAUGUGGACCAUCGAUUGGAUGAAUAUAUUCACAGAUACUAUCCUCCAGAGAUCAUUACUGAAUACAUAGAACGAAUGAAACCAUUGGACGGUCAUGCUAAGAAAUCAACAGAGAAUCAGGAAGUAUCAAAUCUUGUACAUAGAUGCAAGAUAAACAUUAACAAUCAACCACAUCUUGAAAGAAAAACAGCAAUAAUAUGCACAAUUGGACCAGCUUGUGGAAGUGUGGAGAAAUUGAAAGAAAUGAUAUCAUCGGGAAUGAAUAUUGCUCGUCUUAAUUUUAGCCAUGGAUCACACGAGUAUCACGCAACAACGAUAAAAAAUAUACGCGAGGCAGUGCAAAGUUUUCAUCAAAAACCACUAGUUGCAAUUGCUCUGGACACCAAAGGGCCUGAAAUUCGUACCGGACUUAUAAACGGA